AUGGCAGACAUCAACGCGAUCGCAAAGCAGUUCGUCGACUUUUAUUACUCGACCUUCGAUACAAAUCGCGCUGGCCUUGCACCCCUCUACCGCGACCAUUCUAUGCUCACCUUCGAGGGCACCCCCACCCAAGGUGUCGCCUCCAUAAAAGAGAAGCUCGAGGGCCUACCUUUCAGUAAGGUGCAGCACAAGGUCACAACCCUCGACGCGCAGCCAUCGUCCCCCAACGUUGCCAGCCUCAUCGUCUCCGUCACCGGCCUUCUCCUUGUUGAUGACUCCGAGAAUCCUCUCAACUUCAGUCAAGUUUUCCAGCUGAUCCCUGACGGAUCAAGUUACUACGUUUUCAACGAUAUCUUCCGCCUCAACUACGGUUAA